CUAGCUCGCUCGGUAGUCUAGCUGGCCAGUCUGCUCCUCCCGUUCCGACGACCGACACUCGAAUUAGUCGUCACUCCGGUCUCCGGCUCUCCACCAGCCGCACGUUCUCCGAGCAUAUCCUCUUCAUUGUCUCUCUUUUUCUUCAUUUUUUUGUACCGUUUAGUAUACAAGUUGUAGCCAAUUGGUGGCGGUAAAGGCUCCCCUUAAAAGUGAACUGGAGCCGCGAACUCCUUCCAGGAACUGACAUGCCUCCUUAGCCAAUCCCUUUGGUCUCUGAGUUAGUGUAGUGACUUUCGGUGAAACCGGUUUCCUCUUCAACAGUUGCGUGUGAGUCUUUACGUCACUGGAAUCAUCCCAGUUUAUAGGCUUAGGCUUUAACGGGACGAAAAGCGGGAUUCGCCUGACUACUCAACUACCCCCAGCCAAAAUUGGAAGGAACGAGAUAUUUGGGUGGAGCUCUGGAUCCAUGUUUCAGUUCAGAAAAAGAAACAGUCUCCUUUGUUCUGUUAAUAUUGAAGUAGAGCAUCUGGAUGCCAAAAGUCAUAAAAUGAGACGUAUGUGGGGAGGAUAGAAGUUAUAUUUCCUCCUCGAAGUGUUUGCUUACGCAACGUGGAGAAAGCCAGUUCCUUGUGUAUCAUCACCCAGAGAUGUCACAGUUUCAGAAAACCUCAAAAAAAGUCCAGAUCUAAUGAGUCUGAUAAUACCAGUUUGGUAACAAAACUCACAUUUCUUCUUAUCUUCAUAUUGCGAGACCAUGAAUAUAAACUGUAGGCUGUGCAGAUAGGCUAAAAAUGACUUCAGGGAUCAAUGAAAAAGAGGAAUAUUGAAACUGUUUGAGACUUGGAAGUCCCUCGAGUCUUAGACUCAUUUUCAUUUUAAAAAAGAAGCAAUGGGGCCCAUAAAUCGAGAAAAUUGGGUCUCAGCAAAGAAAUGUGGAUUCCUGAGAGGCCCAAAUGAGCAUCCAUGGAAAAGGUGACAGCUAAGCCAGUGAUGCGCAAACGACGUGGAUUAGCCAGUGCCAUUUUGGGCCUCACUGUGGGCCUUCUUCUAGGAUUUUUAAUCCUGAACCAUCGAAUUUCCACCCCCUCGGUUGUCAACCGUUUGAAUUUCUCUAUUCCAAUCAGUUUAGAACAAAGAAACGAUGUCUUCGGAGACAGAGAAGAGCGAGUGAACACUUCAUCCUCAAAUCUGGUCUUCGUCGGAGUAAUGAGUGCCCAGAAGUAUCUGGAGAGCAGGGCCAAGGCCGUCUACGAGACCUGGGGCAAAGAAGUGCCAGGGAAAAUAGCCUUUUUCGCUUCCGAAUUCUCCACCGUUCCUGAAAAUUGUCCAGAUUUGCCGCUGGUACCUCUUCCCAGAGUUGAUGAUAGCUAUCCACCUCAGAAGAAGUCUUUCCUCAUGCUUCAGUACAUGUGGAAUAAUUUCGGAGAGAAGUUUGAGUGGUUUUUGAGAGCCGAUGAUGAUGUUUAUGUGAGGACUGAUCGACUGGAGAAAUUGCUGAGGUCUGUGGAUUCUAGAAGAGCGAUGUACAUUGGUCAAGCUGGAAGGGGCAACUCGGAAGAGUUUGGACUGUUGUCGUUGGAGUAUGAUGAAAAUUUUUGUAUGGGAGGACCUGGAGUGAUUAUUUCGAGAGAGACUUUGAGGAGGAUUGUGCCACAUAUUAAGAAUUGUCUUAAGAAUUUGUAUACUACUCAUGAGGACGUUGAACUUGGGAGGUGUGUGAAAAAAUACGCUGGGAUUCCGUGCACCUGGAGUUAUGAGAUGCAGUCGAUCCUCUACCACAACAGCAGCGGGGACCAGGCCUUCACCGGUAAACUUAAAAGAAAGGAAGUUCAUCGUGCUAUCACCCUACAUCCGGUUAAAAGCCCGCCGCACAUGUACAGGGUGCAUAACUACAUGAGGGGCUUGAAAAUCCAAGAUCUCGAGCACAGGAGGAUCCUUCUCCACAGAGACAUCCACUCGAUGUCUUCCAGUUUAGGAAUAGAAAUAGACAAUAUUAAAAAUUACACCCUAGCCAAAGGCGUAGCUUUAUUUCCUCAAAAAUCAAAUUCCGUGGAUUAUCCAGGUGACACCAAAGUUCUCGGAGUCCCCCCUGGUCUGCGGUCGUUCAAACCUCACUCGAGUGAUGAAGUCAUCCCUUGGGAUUUCCUUUCGCGGUCAGCAUACAGUUUGGGCGAUUCGAAUCCACGAAGAAGAAUUCACAGUCAUGUGAAGGAAGGCCUGGAAGAUAUUACGAGGGAAGUUAUGGCUUCAAUAAAUUCUUGUUCUCGACAACGUGGAAGAAUUGUAGAAGAACGAACAGCUCUUUAUGGCUACCGAAGAGUCGAUUUCUUCGGAGCCGACACAAUUCUCGAUCUUCUUUUAGUUUAUCGAAAAUAUCGUGGCAGGAAAGUCACGCUCCCCGUCAGAAGACACGUUUAUCUUCAUCAACACUUCACGGGUUUAGAAAUCCGAGAAGUGAUUGACGGAACCGAGGUGGAGCCAAACGAAACAAAAAGCAGUUCCAAUUCCCUGCAGGAUAUUUUCCCAGGUUUUCUCAGUUUGAGCUUCACUUCAAAGGCAAUUGCCGAUCCCAUUCAGCGUAAAAUCAUCCACUUCAUUUUGCCACUAUCCGGCAGAUACGAAAUUUUCGAGAGGUUUCUGAAAAAUUAUGAAGAAGUCUGCAUCAGCAGUGGAGAAAGAACGAAAUUACUCGUGGUUCUGUUUCCUCAUAAGAGAGAGGAUUCUUUCAAUAGGACUAUAAAUCUGAUCAAUCGUUUGAAAUAUAGACAGCCGAGUGCAGAAAUCAACGUGAUACGAAAUUUGGGAAAUUUUUCUAGGGCUACGGCACUUGAUAUGGGGGUUUCUACUCUGGAAAAUGAAGAUCUGAUGUUUUUUGUAGAUGUGGAUAUUGUUUUCACUCGAUCGGCCUUGAUCAGAAUUAGACUUAAUACUGUUCUUAAUCUCAGGAUAUAUUUUCCGAUUGUCUUCAGCCAGUAUGAUCCCAAAAUUGUUUAUGGAAAUGAAAAAGAAAGAGAGAAAUUUAUCAUCAAUGAUGAGAGUGGAUACUGGAGGCAGUUUGGAUUUGGAAUAGCCACUUUGUACAAAGUGGAUUACAGAAGAGUUGGAGGUUUUGACUUGUCAAUUCAAGGAUGGGGAAAAGAAGACGUCGAUUUUUUCGAAAAAUCUGUGAAAUCGGACCUAGAAGUAUUUCGAGCUCCGGAUCGGAAUUUAAUUCACGUUUAUCACGGGGUUGACUGUGACUCUGAACUUUCCGAUGUUCAAUUUUCCAUGUGCAAGGGCACAAAAGCGGACACUUACGCGGGAACGGAACAACUCGCCAAUCUUAUUUAUCAAAACCCGGAAUACUUACGAUUCGCGAAAAUGAGAAGGUUCCGAAAUACGAAACCUGGUGGAUGAACAUUUAUAUGAUACAUGAGCGUAAUUUAAUUAAAAAUCUCUCAGUUUCUUCAGCUGGGAAAUGAACUUUGUACUUUAGACGACACUGAAUUUCGGCAAAUCCAAAGAAUUUUUUAUUUCGAUCACGUUAAAAAAGGCUGGAAGCUGUAUUUGUUAUUUUUAACACCUCAUUUUUCGAACUAUCGAAUGCCAGAAUAGCUAUUUUGAAGAUUUGUAAAUAAAAUGUAGAAUAAUAAGAAUCCUAAAGACUUUAAGCUAGUUUUAGAUUUAUUUUGUAUAAGACAAUUAGUCGCGUCGUUGCUUUCUGAUAGUAAAUGAUAAAAUGUAAAAGAGUGUACUGACGUGAGAUCGAGACUCGAUUUUGUUGCAGCUCAAAAUAUAUAAUUUUUAAGGGUACUUUCUGUUAAAAGUGCAUUCUGACCGAUUUUUUAAAGUUUUAGUUUACAUCAUGCAUAUAAUUCUUUUCAAAGAUGCUUUUGCUCUCUCAAAUAAUAAGUGUGUGCUGAAAUAGUUA